GUGAUAUAUUUUUUUCAUGAUUCUUUGAUGAAUAGAAAGUUCAAAAGAACAUUUAUUUGAAAUAGAACCUUUGUAACAUUAUAAAUGCCUUUACUGUUAUUGUUUUGAUCAAUUUAAUGCACCCUUGUUGAACAGAAGGAUUAAUUUCUUACUGUACCCAAAUUAAAAAAAAAAAAUACAUGAAUGUCAUUGCAUUACAUCAUUUUAAAAAUAUAUCAAACCAAUGGCAUUUAAUUUAAAGAAAUAUAGCACACUUUCACAAGUGUUUCAGUUUUUGGGGGGUAUUGUUAGGUUUUUUUAUUCUAAAACAAUAUAUGUAUUGUUUCAAGUUAAGACUACAGGUAUUUCUACACUUUCUGACGGUGAACUUGACUUCAUAAAUCCACUAAGAAUCAUCUUGUGACCAGUUGCUUAAAAAUAAUGCAAAAGUUAGUUCUGAGAAAAACAAUUACAAAAUCCAUUAAAAUCACUUCAAAUUGUGUGGCACCUUUUAUUUGUUGGGUAUGCACAUAAUAUGUAAUAAAACUGCCUUUUAAGUUUGGUAACAUGUUGAACAGAUAUGUAAUAAAAACUUUUGAUUAUGCAUUUUAUGCUAUUGUUGUUUUUCUUGCUGUAGUUUAGAUGUUUUUCCUCAUCUUACUCUGAUUCCGUGUCAUUGUGACAUCACAGUCUUGAUGAUUGUGUUACUCUCUGUCUGCUGUGUCACUAAUUUGUUAGCGCAGCUACAGCCGGCAGCAUCUUAAAAACCGAACAGCAGCCAGUGAGGUGUCAAGUUCUUUUCUGUCGCAAUGUUUAUUUACAUUAAACAUGGAGGUAAGGAUCAUUAAUCAACCUUUUUAAACAUCAAAGCAAUAAUGAUCAGUUCCUGGUCAACACCAAUUGUCCAGCUAUUGUCCUCAUGCAGCACAUAAAAACCAGGUUGCGACUUGCUGAGUCAGAGCUCAUAGACCUGUGUGAUGAACGAGGAAUGCUGAAAUUCCUCUUUCAGCCCCAGAAUUCACAAGAGUCUGCUUGUGGACUGCUGAAGGCUAGAGAGUCAUUCAUUGUUUGUGUCAUUGAGCGUAUGUCUGAUGGGGCUUAUACUUCUGUCUCAGCUCUACUAUCCAGUGUUCACUCUGCUGUAUUAGAGACUCUACAGACUCAGAUUGACAAUCUUGAGAAAACUCGUCUGAAGCAGCUUCAGAUUGUGCAGGAACUUGCUGCACAAGUUCUGGCUGCAUCAGAGAAAAACAGUGCUCAAACCCUGACUAAAAUCAUUAAAAAGCGCAAGAAAGUUACACAUGUCAAUGCCCCCGAUGAAGUCCAGCGCAACACAGGGGACAAAAAGAGCAGGAACUGAGCAGACACCAUCACAUCAGUGUUCAUGCUCAUUUUUAAUGUUAAAUUCAUUAAAAUUACAGACAUGUUCAUUAGAAAUGCUGUGUUAUUUUUUUAAGUGUUUAUCUUUUCAUUAGGUGAUUCAGGAAAGUUACUACAUUGACUAAAACUCAGGUAUUAUAUGAGUAUCUUCCUUCCUUAUGCUGGAAAAUGCACAAAAAGGAAAAAUCUGUCUAUCCAUCUAUAUGUCUGUCUGUCUAUCUGUCUUUCUUCCUGUCAAUCUAUAUGUCUGUCUGUCUAUCUGUCUUUCUUCCUGUCAAUCUAUCUGUGUCUGUCUGUCUGUCAA